AUGGAGGCACUGAUCAAUGACCCUCAAAGCCAAGAUCUAGAUAUUCUUCUGAUCCAGGAGCCCUCCAUCACCACGUACCGCACAUAUGUUAAUCACAGCGCCUGGCGGCUAUAUCGGCCUACCGCACAGCUCGAUGCUAAUCGGUUUCGCAGCCUGAUCUAUAUCAACAGACGAAUCUCUACCUCCUCAAACCCACCACUUUUCACUGGCGAUGACGCAUCGGCAUUGCCAGCUCUCACUACGAUUCAGAGCUCCAUCGCAGCUGCCACACAAAACGAGCAGCGGUCGACCAGUAUUAUUAUAUCCGGCGACUUCAACCGACACCAUCCGAUAUGGGGCGGCAACCACAUCGCGCCUAAGUUCAUCGAGGAUGCCAGCGACCUAAUUGACUUUUUCCAAACCUAUAACCUCUAUGGCUGCCUCCCUCGAGGCACAGCAACUUACUGGGCCCUGAACAACCCAGGACAAAACUUAACCAUCGAUCAGACAGUGACAGAUAGCCCGGAUCUGCUCGUCAAAUGCCAUCUAUACCACGAGAACUACGGAUCUGACCACCGCGCCACCUACUCAGAAUGGAAUUUGCAGCCUCAGACUAAACCAAGAACUAAAGCGAGGAAAGCGUACGAGCGGGCGAACUGGUCCAAGAUCGGCGAAGAAGUAGCCCGGCAGAUGAGUUCAUGGGAGCAGAUUAAGACCCGGCCAACACUCGACCGAGUGGUAGAGGAGCUUAUAUCAGUAACGGCCCACGCGGUCGACCGAUUCACGCCUGAUAUACACCCAACGCCAUACUCUAAGAGAUGGUUCUCCCCGGACCUCAAGGCGAGCUGCGCAGAGCUCGGACGAGACCAUGCUAGCACCACGGCUACCUUUGAGGCCAUGCAACAAAAGCGGCGAGCUUGGACCCGGACAAUAGAGAAAGCUAAAGUAUCACACUGGAGACAGUUUCUGGACGAGGCGGGUAAAGGAAAACUCUGGAAAGCAGCGACCUAUAUGAAAUAUCGAGAAAUAUGGGGAUGCACCCCAACACUGCGAGCUGGCUCUGAGGAGAUCAUCCAGAACGAAGACAAAGCAAAGGCGUUCCUCGACGCGUUCUUCCCCGCAAUGAACACGCCCGAGCCUAGCCCACCAGCUUCACCACUCCCGGAGCUUCUAUGGCACCUAAUCACGGAACUUAAGGUUAAGCGAUCACUAAGAAUAGCGAGAGGGACGACGGCGCCAGGGGAGGACAACCUACCAAUGUUGGUCUGGAAAAAAGUAUGGGUAUAUCUGAAGGCCUUUAUUGUCCGCGUCUUCACGGCAUGUCGCAGCGCCAAGAUCAUUAUAUUACGGAAGCCAGGCAAACCGGACUACUCGCUUCCUGGCGCCUAUCGACCAAUCUCACUACUGAACACACUCGGCAAGCUUCUCGAAGCAGUUAUAGCGCGACGUCUGUCCUAUUUGGUAGAAAAGCACGGCCUGCUGCCGAACAGCCAAUUCGGCGGACGCCCAGGCCGAACAACCGAGCAAGCCUUGUUGGUGCUAUCUAAUGCGAUUGACCAAGCGUGGUACAAACACAAGGUAGUAACAUUAAUUUCGUUCGACCUCAAGGGUGCCUUUAACGGGGUGAACAGGGUGAGCCUAGACUACUCUUUACAGGCGAGAGGGAUUCCGACGGUGGUACGGAAGUGGAUUGCAAGCUUCAUGAGUGACCGACAUGCCAACAUCGGCUUUGACGAUUUCCGCACCAAGACAGAGCCUCUCGCGCAUACAGGGCUAGCAAAGAGGGGUGAGCAUCUAGAAGGGCAACUUACCUCUAAUGGAACCGAUGUGAAGCCGUCACCUACGGCAAAACUGCUGGGGGUGAUGUUUGAUCAGGAACUCCGCUGGAAGGAACACGUUCAACAGGCCAUCAAACGUGCUACUAAAGUCACUAUCGCUUUAAGUGGGCUACGACACCUGCGACCAGAGCAAAUGCGACAGCUCUACCAAGCGUGCGUCACGCCUAUCGUGGACUAUGCAUCAACAGUUUGGCAUGACCCGCUUCGGGACAAGACUCACCUCCGACAACUGAACACGAUACAGAGAGCCUCAUUGAUCCGAAUCCUCUCGGCAUUCAGGACAGUAGCGACAGCAACACUAGAGGUAGAAGCCUACAUACUCCCUACCCACCUCCGCCUCCGCCACCGAGCGCAACGCACCAUCACAAGACUACACACUCUGCCUCGCGAUCACCCCAUCUGGAGUGCCCUAUCACGAGCCCAGAGACGCAGGGACAAUAUGAGAUCACGCUACAGGUUCCCCCUCGCGGAAACUCUCAAGACCAUGGACCCGUCUAGGUUAGCAGCACUAGAAACGAUCGACCCAAGACCGCUACCACCAUGGCCUACCGAGGCGUUCGCGGAGAUUGAAGUCAAUUCAGACCGGGAGACAGCAACGGAACGGGCUGAGACCAUACGCGCCACAUCAGACCUCAUCGUCUAUUCAGACGCUUCAGGACGCAAGGACCACCUCGGGGCGGCCAUCGUUACACUCAACGAAAGUGACGAGGUGAUUGAAUCUCAACAGGUCCAAGUGGGGCCGAUGGACCGUUGGUCAGUUCAUGUAGCGGAACUCAUUGGCAUCUUUUAUGCGGUCAACAUGGCGUUCAAACUGUUCCACCAACGCUCAAACGCCGCAAACGGGGUUCCUGUAACAGCAACAAUCCUAUGCGACAGCAAAUCGGCCUUGCAAGCGAUCCAGAACGUGAAGAAUAAAUCAGGGCAACGCAUCGUCUAUGCGAUCCUCCAGGCAGCCACCGAGGUUCAAGGGGAGAACAUCAGACUUCGCCUCCAGUGGAUGCCAGGGCACUGUGAAAACCCAGGGAACGAUACUGCAGAUCGACUCGCCAAAGAUGCCGCGGAGAACGCGUUUGUCCGUAGCAAAAUUCAUACCCAGUGGGAACAAGAGUGGAGGACAAGCACCAAAGGUGCUCACCUACGAAAGAUAGACGGUGGCCUACCAGCGCGGUACACGAGAAAGCUCUACGGGAAUCUACCAAGGAAUCGCGCCUACCUGCUGACGCAGCUACGCACGGGUCACAACUGGUUAUCCACCUACGCGAAGAAAUUCGGCUUCCGCGAGGAUGAUCUAUGUGAAUGUGGUGUGCAGGAGACUGUCGCCCACGUGCUGAUGGAAUGCCCGAGGCUCCGAGAGCUGAGGGUAGAAUUGAGACGGAAAACUGGAAAUACGCUGAGCGGUGUGUCGAGCCUGCUGGGAGGCUCAAACGAAGGUGAGCAAGGUAAACCAGACAUCGUCUCGAGAGCCAAGACGGUUCAGGCCGUCUUGGACUUCGCCGAGGCGUCACAGCGGUUUCGCAGUCGUGCGCCAUAA